GAGGAUUGUUUUAACGGAGGUGAGCCUUUUCCUUUGUUCGUUAGUAACGGGAAGAGAGAAAAAGAUAAGACAUGGAGAUCUUCGACCAACACUACUUUUCUGUUAAUAAGGCAUUGCUGAAGAGCACUGGACUCUGGCCUUACGAAAGUCGUCGGAGAAAGUUCUGCAUACGCACUUUUAUCAAUCUCAUUCUCGGAGUUUUUGUUAUAUUUCCUCAGUUGGUUCGUAUAUACAACUACUUCGGAGUCAACAUGGACAUGGUGCUCGAGCACGCGGCGAUAUUGUUGUUCAUAUUGACAACUUAUCUCAAGUUUCUCACCUCCGUUUACUACGAGGAAAAGCUGAAAGUGGUGUACGAUAACAUAGCGAAGAACUGGCAGGCAAUAAAGGACGAGAAUGAAGUGAAUAUACUUUCUCAGUACUCUGAAAGUGGCUGGUUCUUGACCAUCAGUUACAUAAUGUACAUAGUGAUCGCCGCCUCGGCAUACAGCUUGCUGCCGAUGGCCCCAGUACUAUUGGACAUGAUCGAUCCUCUGAACGAAACCAGACCUCGACUUUAUAUACUUGGCGGAGAGUAUUUCAUCGUGGACAACGUCGAGGAUUACGGCAAGGUCUACGCGUUCGAGCUCGUUCCAGCUGCCGUCACAGUUUGGCUCAUCUGUGCAGUCGACUCAAUGUAUGCUGCCUCAAUUGAGCAUUGCCUUGGACUUCUCGCUAUUGUCAAGCUACGCUUGCAAAUGUGUACCCAGCCAAGUUGUGAUAGUCGGAAGGAUGUAUCUUAUAGGCUGAUUGUUCAGCUUAUUCGGUUGCACAAGGAUAUUAUAAACUUCACGGACAUCCUCGAGUCCUCGUACUCGUCGUCCUUCUUGAUCUUGGUUGGGGUAAACGUACUCUUUCUCAGCUUUGAGUGUAUCAUUGUGCUCACGAGGUUUGGUCAAACGAUGGAACUGAUUCGUUACUCCAUGAUCAUGGUAGGAAUUGUGGUCCAUCUGUUCUACUUAAGUUGGCCAGGCCAGAAACUCACAGACUUAAGUAUUGGACUUUUUCAAGAUGCUUACCUCAACGAGUGGUAUACUUGCUCAACGAGGGCUCAAAAGUUGUUAAACCUGAUGAUCUUGCGAUGUUCGAAGCCGUGCCAAUUGACCGCCGGAGGAAUAUACGUUAUGAAUUUCAGCAAUUUCGCAAAGAUUGUAAAAACAUCCAUGUCGUACAUGACAGUUUUUGCAUCAUUUAGAUAGAUUGGAUACUCGACCCUGGCCAUCUCAACCAGAAUACACCCCGAAAAAAUGUAUAGUUGGAAGCAUGUGUGAAUUAAAGAAGACGAUGAAGGAAAAUUCGAGAUACAAUUAUAAAAAAGAACCUUUUUAGACAAGUAAAUUUUAUUGUAUUUUCAUUUUUA